AUGCCGCACAGCAAAAGCGCGGGAAAAAGGACUGCCAGCAUUCUCUUUGCAAAGGGGAGAGACGUGACCCGAAAAGAAAGGAAAGAUGUCUCUGAAGCCCAAAGAGGCAACAAUCAGACAAAAAGAACAAAAGAGCAGAACAUACCAAAUAAAACCAGAAAGCGAAGGAAACAAAUCAAGCAAAUUGGGCUGGAUAAAGUAAUUGGAAAAUGGCUUGAUGAUAUUUGUGGUGCAGGCGAGAUUAUUAGGUUUUUGGUUGCUUGUUUUUGCAACGGAUAUAGGUGA